AUUAGGUCUAUGGGAUUCAGGAGUAGUGUGCGUGUGUAGGUGAGUGCAAUCUUUUACUUGGUAAAGAGAGGGUUCUGUGUGCUACGUGCUGGUUUUUGUCAGUUGUGGAUUGAACGAGAGCGGAAGAAAGGAUUUUUCGUAGGACCUGACGGGUGGAGCAAGAUUAGAGACGGAAAUAGGAUGGUGGGGCUUGAAAUUGAAAAGAAAAGGAGAUGUGGAGGAAAGUGUGAAGGAAGUCACCGCUGGCUGAUACUGUUUGAACCAGUUAUUGGACAUGAAGGGAUUGUUGCUAUAAGUCGAAGCCAACGUCCGAAAUCUCCUCAAUCCAGACCCCCGGCUUGAACCAGUUGCAAUGUCGUGGAACGAGAGUUAGUUUUAGAGCCGGACAAACACAUCACCCUUCUUCACUUGAGCUCCGGAACUUUUUGUGGCGGCUUCGUUUGGUGGGAGGAGGGGGCAGGGAUAGGACUUGCGACGAGCGUGUCUCGAAGAGGUUGAGCUGAUUGUUAGGAUUGUUCUUGGUUUUAGACGGGUCAUUUACUCAUUUGUUCAUUUGCUCAUAUAUUUUUGUAUUUUUCCUUCUUGUGGAGGAAUUUCUGAUUUGGGAGUGGUGGAAGAGUCUGGGAAUUUGGGAUUUGAAGUCUUUUGAGGUUUUUUGUGAGGAGGUGUUUGAUGAAGGCGGUCGGAGGGAUGACUGCUUUGCCUAGAGCUGACAUCUUCGUAAAGAUGUCGAGCUCGGUGACGAGGAUUGAUGGUGGGAGUGGUAGUACAAAGCCUCGUUUCUGUGAGAGCGGGUGUGUGAAAUGCGCACCGGUGUCGCUGGCUCUCAGGUCGGAUGGGUCUGCUUCUUGCCAGCGGUCGGAAUGCUCGUCGUCGCCAUUGUCGUCCGCGUGCGGCAACGCGAUGUUUCCAAGCUCUGUGUCGUUUGGGGUGGGUAGGAAGAGCCGACGGGGUGUGGCCAGAGGUGCGGAGGCUACUGUUGCAAUUUUGAUGGAGGAGAGAGGCUCCAGCCAUGACAGGAGCUCAGACUCGCAAGUGCUUGACAGUUUGAGGGAUGUUAUUCAAAAAUUAGAGAGCCAGAAUGCCGUACUGACACACUCGCGGGGGCAGAGCGCACCUGCCGCGGAGGAUGUGGACCUGACUGUUGUGGAGGAUCUUACUACCUUUGGCAGUGAAGAUUCCCUUUGGUUGAAAAUGAGAAGGGAAGCACGCUGGGAUUCUAUCAAAGAGCCAGCCCUAGCCAGUUAUUUAUAUUCGACAAUAUUAUCCCACAGGACACUGGAGAGAGCGCUUGCUUUCCACCUGGGGAACAAGCUCUCCAGCAGCACGCUAUUGAGCACACAGCUCUUUAGCCUUCUGAAUGACACAUUCAUGGAGGAUGCUGACAUUAGACGCGCUAUCCGCGACGAUAUAGAAGCUGUGAAGGAGCGCGACCCCGCUUGUGUAUCUUACACUCAUUGUUUGCUAAAUUUCAAAGGCUUUUUGUCAUGUCAAGCUCAUAGAGUAGCUCACAGACUUUGGAAUCAAGGCCGGCACUCGCUGGCCCUCGCUAUACAGAGUAGAGUUUCUGAGGUUUUUCAAGUUGACAUACAUCCUGCAGCCAGAAUUGGCUCCGGCGUACUUUUCGACCAUGCCACAGGGGUGGUAGUUGGAGAAACAGCAGUUAUAGGAAAUAAUGUUUCAAUUUUGCACCACGUCACUCUCGGGGGGACCGGUGCUGUAGGAGGUGAUCGUCAUCCGAAAAUCGGUGAUGGCGUCCUCAUUGGAGCUGGGGCUACCAUACUCGGCAAUAUCACAAUUGGAGCUGGCGCAAAGAUUGGGGCAGGUUCCAUUGUGCUCAUUGAUGUGCCCCCACAUACUACAGCCGUAGGAAAUCCUGCUCGCCUAAUUGGGGGCAAACAAAAGCCUACCAAGUUGAAGGAAAUUCCCGGUGAAACUAUGGAUCAUACCUUCUUCAUGAAGGACUGGUCUGAUUAUGUCAUUUAGAGAUAAUUCAACCUUAUAUUUUAGUUAGAUUUUUUUGACGUCCCACACAAAUUUGUGUUAGGAUACUCUUCUUGCAGCGAAUACAUGCAUCCAAGCAUGCACUGUUCUGUGUUG